AGCGUUUUUAUUGCGAUUUCGAGUGGGAAAAAAAGGUGAUAAAUCUGCAAAAAUGUCUUUAAUGCCGUAUUGGUUCCGUCACUUGAGGAAUUUGGCGUACAGAGAUCCUUUCGCUAUACUAGAAAGAGACCCCUUCUUCCGCGAUCCUGCGAAGUUUGUACGAAACGCUCUGGAGCCAUGGGAUCGCGAUCAUCAUGGAAUUGAAGGAGUGUACUCGAAUUCCGAGGUGAAAGCCGACGGAAAGAAGGUAGAGGUGCAUUUAGAUGUUCGGAAUUUCUCGCCAGAGCAGAUUCAAGUGAAAACUGUUGGUAACGAGAUUAUGGUUGAAGCAAAGAAAGAGAUUAAGAAGGAGGAUGGUUGGACGAGAAGUCAUUUCGAGCGAAGGUUUUUGUUGCCUGAAGGGUUCCCGCCAGAACGUGUCGAGUGCCAUCUUGAUAAAGGGAAAUUAAAACUGAUCGCAUUCAGGUCCGAGCCGGUGGAAGAAAGAUCUAUUCCCAUUCAGGACAAAUCUUCAAACAGCGAGAAAUCGUAAACUUAUAUAGGGUAAAAAAUAAGUGAUUGUUUUUAGUUGCAAAACAGACUGAUAGAUUAGGCUUUUUCGCAUUUGCAGUUAUGUUAUGUACUUUAUUAAAUAAAAAAAAUUAUAACG